GCCCAGUUCAAACCAGAAAAGCGCGAAUCCCGGUUCUAGCGCAUGCGCAAAGACUCCAACGUCACUGUAAGUGCAAGUAGCCGCGCUUCAGUUAUUACAAGCGCAAGUACUGGACAAUGGAGGAAGGAACAGACGGACCCCCGUUCGAUGACACGGCCGCUGUUGCUACUAACUGGAUGUGCGACUUCAUGUUCGCCAGCAUGUGUUUCUAUUUCAGAGAAGAUCGAGCGGAGGAUUUCCAGAGAAGCACACACAUGCUGGAAUGGCUGCUAGAGGGUUCUCAAAAAAUAGACGCUCACAGGAAGACGAUACCUAUUGCGCAGUUUCUUAUGCGAGUGGCUGAAGGAAAAAAUCUGGAUUCUCAGUUUGACACGGAUGAGAGCCUUACACCUUUAGAAACCGCUUUAAUGGCUUUUAAUCAAAUUGAAGAAGAGGAGGAUCUGAAGCAUCUCCAUGAAGAAAUUGAACUGGUUUUGAAAGUGCAGGCAGUGGUCACUUGCAUGGAAAAAGGAAGAUUUAAGCUGUCUGCAGAAAUCCUCGACAGACUUUUUAAAGAAUCUGGGUCAAACAAGUAUUUGAGAAUGAAGUUAACAAUGCUGAUAGAGAAGAAAGAUCCAUAUCAUGAGUUUCUACAAAAUUUCACUUAUGCUCAAAUGAUGAAGAAAAUAAAAUCGGACAUCGCCCUUAAGAUGAAGGAAAGGCCAUCUGUUUUUCUCUUAAAGGAAUGAACUAACUAAUACUACGAACAUACAGGAAACAACAGAAAAAUCCACAAAGAGGCACCAGAGACGUCUGUUUUCUAUAGCACAGCGCACACCUUGGAAUCCAGAUAAACCCUGCACUAGUAAAAGAUUACUGAGCAGUAUAAACAUAGG